AUGUCGGUUUUCUUCAAAGACGUGUCAGAAAACAACCCUAUCAAACCAGGCGAUGUCGAGGCUCUCCUCGCACCCUACGGCCUGACUAUCCCGUCUUCAGAAUCGGCAGACUACACUCUACUUCUGGCCGGAGUUCACGAGGUUGCGGAGCGUAUCUCCGCUCUGCCAGACUACCAGCCCGUCCCUGACACCAAACGCUUCCCCCGCCAGCACGUUCGCCGGCCAGAUUCCAAGGAGCAGGAGUUCGGCGUCGCAUGGGCACAUCGGUUCCUGAUCCAGGGCGACCGGUCUGCACAAUCUGCCGUCAAAGCCAAGACGGUCUGUCUGAAAGACUGUAUUGCUGUUGCCGGCGUCCCACAGCUCCUCGGGUCCGAUGCACUGCCACCGUGGACGCCGAGUACCGAUGCGACUGUAGUGACGAGGCUACUGGAGGCUGGCGCCGACAUUCUUGGUACAUCAACCUGCGAGCAUUUUUGCAACUCAACGGCUUCAUUCACCUCUGCGCAGGGCACCAUCGACAAUCCCCAUGCAGUCGGCUACUCUGCCGGUGGGAGCACGUCGGGUGGCGCAGCUCUUGUUGCGGCUGGCAGCGUCAACAUUUGCAUCGGCACUGACCAGGGCGGAAGUAUCCGUGUGCCCUCAGCGCUGUGCGGUUGCGUGGGGCUCAAGCCCACUCAUGGACUUGUUCCGUUUACCGGUUUCUCGACCGGGGAUGCCAUCGAUGACCACGCGGGCCCUAUUGCGAUGUCGGUGGAGGACGUUGCCGCCUGUCUUGACGUCAUUGCCGGGUAUGAUGGGAUUGAUGAUCGAUCCCUGGGUGCUGGGCGUCCUGGGUCGUACAACUUCCUUGAGACACUGAGAAAUACACCAUCAGAUAAACCUCUUGCCGGCAUCAGAGUCGGUCUUGUGAAGGAGGGCUUCGAAUGCAGUGUCAUGCGACCUGAAGUCGCCGCAAUGGUCUUGGCCGCUGCUCACAAACUCGAAAAGCUCGGAGCAAACGUUGAGCAGGUUUCCGUUCCUCUGCAUCUUGAAGGACCGUCGAUUUGGACAAUCCAACAACGGAUAGCAGGGUCUCUGGCUAUCAUGGGGAAAGCAACAGGCCGUAGGGGCUUGGGUCUCACCGAGUUUGAACAAGCGAGACUGCCGUGGACUGAUGACAACUUUCAGAAGAUGUUUCACUCAACCAAAAACACCGUCAUCAAUGGCAUGUACCUCGCCGACAAGUUCCCUGGCUUAUACGGCAAGGUAGUCAAUAUCGGCCGGCAGAUUCGAGACGCGUAUCAAGAUGUGCUUGCCACAUACGACAUUCUGGUGAUGCCGACCACGCCUUUUGUAGCGCCAAGACAUGGCAUCAGGGGCUCUGUUCUCAAGUCUUUCGAGCCCACUAUCGGACUGACGAGUAACACGGCCAUAUUCAACGUCACUGGUCACCCGGCCUUGACAAUUCCAGUCGGUACGCUGCCAGCAGUCGACAACACAGCCGUGAAUUUGCCAGUGGGUAUGCAGAUUGUUUCUGGUCUGUGGGAAGAGAACAAGGUGCUCAAGGUCGGGUGGGCAUGGGAGAAGGCGUUUGGAACGGCCGCAACGGCGACUUCGGGCUGUCCGUAA